AGCCGCCGGUAGAGGGCGCUGUUUGAAGCGGAGCAGGCCGAGCAGCAGCAGCUUCACUGCCCUUCCUGCAGCAUCUCACCUUCAGCCGGCCACACGAACCUCCGCCGACGACCCUGAAGGAGACAAACGGAGACAGCGCGGACAAACAGCGCCUGAAAACACGAGAGGAAGAGAUUAACAUCCGGUCUCGCUGCUUUUAUUACGUAGCUGCUCGUUUCGCCAUUUGACACCUCCAUCCGGUCCUCCUCACUGCGACAGAAACCCGGUCCAGCUGCGCAUCAGUUUUUAUCAUCUUGUCAAAACAAAACAGCUUCCUCCUCCUCCUCCUCGUUUCGCAGCUCUCCUUUAAAUACAUUUUUAACAGUUGGGCCUCUGUGUUCUCCUCCAGCCUCAGCAUCCUCCUCCUCUUCCUCCUCAGCAUCAUCACCAUCCUUGAAUCUGCGCCAUGGCCGACAUACCAGCGGAGUGUAAUAUAAAAGUGCUGUGUCGCUUCCGACCCCUCAACCAGUCCGAGAUAGUUCGCGGGGACCUGUUUUUACCCAAAUUCCAAGGAGAUGACACCGUCGCGGUCGGGGGGAAGUCGUACGCGUUCGAUCGAGUGUUUCCAACCAACACCACUCAGGAGCAAGUUUACAACACCUGCGCCAAGCAGAUCGUGAAGGAUGUGCUCAGUGGAUACAAUGGCACUAUCUUUGCUUACGGACAAACCUCCUCUGGGAAGACUCACACCAUGGAGGGUAAGCUGCACGACCCUCACCAGAUGGGGAUCAUUCCCCGCAUUGCUGAAGAUAUUUUCAACCACAUCUUCGCCAUGGAUGAAAACCUGGAAUUCCACAUCAAGGUUUCUUACUUUGAGAUCUACAUGGACAAAAUCCGUGACCUCCUGGACGUGACAAAGACCAACUUGUCUGUCCAUGAGGAUAAGAACAGGGUGCCGUAUGUUAAGGGAUGCACCGAGCGCUUUGUCUCCAGCCCUGAUGAAGUCAUGGAUGUGAUUGAUGAGGGAAAGUCUAACCGCCAUGUUGCUGUGACCAACAUGAACGAGCACAGCUCUCGCAGCCACAGCAUCUUCCUGAUCAACAUCAAACAGGAACACGUGGAGACGGAGCAGAAACUGUGUGGAAAGCUCUACCUGGUGGACCUGGCUGGCAGCGAGAAGGUCAGCAAGACCGGAGCUGCAGGUUCUGUCCUGGAUGAGGCGAAAAACAUCAACAAGUCUCUUUCUGCUCUUGGAAAUGUCAUUUCUGCCUUGGCUGAAGGAACAAAAUCUCACGUUCCGUACCGCGACAGCAAAAUGACCCGCAUCCUGCAGGACUCGCUGGGUGGGAACUGCCGCACCACCAUGUUCAUCUGCUGCUCGCCCUCCAGCUACAACGAGGGAGAAACCAAAUCCACCCUGAUGUUCGGACAACGCGCUAAGACCAUCAGGAACACCGCCUCCAUCAACCUGGAGCUGACAGCGGAGCAGUGGAAGAAAAAGUACGAGAAGGAGAAGGAGAAGAACAAGACUCUGAAGGACACCAUUCAGAAGCUGGAGGCCGAGCUCAACCGCUGGAGAAAUGGAGAGGACGUGCCUGAGACGGAGCAGACCACGGCCAACAUAGUGACCUGUUUGGAGUCGGUGGAGGAGCGCCCCCCGGUUCUGGACAACGACACCUCCUCCAUCGUGGUCCGCAUCUCCGAGGAGGAGCGGCAGAAGUACGAGGAGGAGAUCCGCAAGCUGUACAAGCAGCUGGAUGACAAGGAUGAUGAGAUCAACCUGCAGUGCCAGCUGGUGGAGAAACUGAAGCAGCAGAUGUUGGACCAGGACGAACUCCUGGCCUCCUCCAGGGGAGACGGGGACAAGGUCCAGGCAGAGCUCGGCCGCCUCCAGGUGGAGAGUGACUGUGCCAAGGCUGAGGUGAAGGAGGUGCUCCAGGCUUUGGAGGAACUGGCCAUUAAUUACGACCAGAAGAGCCAGGAGGUGGAGGAGAAGGGUCUGCAGAACCAGCUGCUGGCCGACCAACUGGCCCAGAAAAUGGCGAGUCUGAUGGAGCUGGAGGCAGAGCUGUCUCGUAUGCAGGAAGUUAGCGGUCAGCAGAGGAAACGCAUCGCAGACGUCCUCAACGGGCUCAUGAGGGACCUCAGCGAGUUCAGCUCCAUUGUGGGGAACGGGGAGAUAAAGCUGCCGGUGGAGAUCAGCGGCGCCAUCGAGGAGGAGUUCACCGUCGCUCGUCUCUACAUCAGUAAGAUCAAGUCGGAGGUGAAGAGCAUGGUGAAGCGCUGCCGCCAGCUAGAGAACAUGCAGCUGGAGUGCCACCGCAAGAUGGAGGAGACCGGGAGGGAGCUGUCCUCCUGCCACCUCCUCAUCUCGCAGCACGAGGCUAAGAUCCGCUCUCUGACGGAGUACACUCAGAGCGUGGAGCAGAAGAAGAGGCAGCUGGAGGAGAGCCACGACUCCCUGAGUGAAGAACUGGCUAAACUGCAGGACCAGGAUAACUCCACCCUGGAGGAGAAAGAUGGAGAAAAGGGUGAGAUUGAGGAUGGAAGCCUGAAGAAAUCUCUUCGUCAGCAGGGAGAGUCUCAACGUCUCCAUCACAAGCAGCUCGCCCGCCUGCGGGAUGAGAUCAACGAGAAGCAGAGGAUCAUCGAUGAGCUCACUGAUCGUAACUCCAAGCUGGAGCUGGAGCUGGCUCAGGUGCGCUCUGAUUUCGAACGCCUGAAGAGUCAGGACAGCACCAAGAGCGAGCGCCUGGAGGAGCUCUCCUUCCUGCAUGAGCGCCAUGAGCAGACCAAACAGGACUUGAAGGGUCUGGAGGAGACCGUCGCCCGCGAGCUCCAGACCCUCCACAACCUGCGCAAGCUGUUCGUUCAAGACCUCACGUCGCGGGUUAAAAAAAGUUCCGAAAUGGAACCUGAUGAUAGCGGGGGGUCUUGUACCCAGAAGCAGAAGAUUUCCUUUCUUGAGAAUAACCUGGACCAACUUACAAAGGUUCACAAACAGCUGGUUCGUGACAAUGCAGAUCUGCGCUGUGAGCUUCCAAAGCUGGAGAAACGGCUUCGGUCUACUGCUGAGAGAGUUAAGGCCCUGGAGACUGCACUGAGAGAUGCCAAAGAGGGCGCCAUGAUGGACCGCCGCCGUUAUCAGCAGGAGGUCGAUCGCAUCAAAGAUGCCAUGAGGGCGAAGAAUGCUUUGAGGCGCCCCCAUGCGGCUCAGAUUGCUAAACCGGUGAGACCGAAGCAACCUCCUGUUUGCUCUCCUACGAAUCCUUUCUACUCCUACAUUUGUGCGACUGAGUACGCCAACGCCUACAGCAACGCCCUCUUCCAGAACAACGGGACACAGAAGAGCUCCUCCAGCGUCAACUGCAGCGCCAACUCCGUCCAGAGCAACACAGUUUCUACAGCGCUGGGCUACAGAGCAGGCAGAUAUAAUGGAGACAUUCUGGAGUCCUACCCACUCAACAUUGACAAUGGUAACAGCAUCAAAGAAACCAGAGACAUAAAUGAUAACAGGAGUGAUGUUCAUUGUGGCAGCGAGGUGGAUGAUUCAAACAGACAUUACGUCAUUCAGCAGGAGACUGCUGCAAGUUAAUGUGAAGAACACGACCAAACACUGUACCCAUCCAAGGACCCCUCCCCCCUCUUUUGUUCCAUUCUGCAUGCAGCCCUUGUACCCUCAAGCCCCUCCCACUUCAUCACCACUGAAGAUGAAGACGAAGAUCCGUAGCCCUGUAGUCUUCUAACUACAUGAAGCCCCUCCUGUUGCUAUGUCGGCCCCUCUUACCCCUCAGUUUUGGGGUUCAGUCCUUUCUAGUUCCAUCAAAGGAUUUUAUAAGCCUCUGUUUUAAUUUAAUUAACUUACAUUGAUCCCUCAGCUAUGGUCACCAGAUAUAACUGAUUACCCCCUGAGGUGGUUGAACUGGAACUGGGCUGACCCCUCCCCGAUCGCUCUGUACUCACAUUGUAAAUAUCAGUGCCGUGCACUCCAGUAGUUUUUUGACCAGCAGCCGUUUCGUCUGAAUGCACAGCUUCCUCCGUCCCCCGCACAGAUGGUCUGACGGGCAUCACGCUGGGUCUAGGCAGUCACCAACAUUUUUUUUCCUCCGAUGCAAGUAGGAGUGCGAACCGUGUACCACCAGCUUGUAAAAGAAAGCCCCACGCUCGCCGUGCAUGUCGCUUUGUGGGUGAAGCCUUCAGAUCUCUGCAUGUGUCAUGAGUUUUGGUCUGCGGCUGGUUUGCUGUGAGCAAAAAUGAACUAUUUUCAGCAGGAACGAGAGAGAAAAGACAGUCAAUCUGAACCUUCACCUAAACACUAUCGUUUCUACUUUAGAGUAAAGUUGAGUGCAGAUCAGAAAAAAAAAGAACAUGGGGAUCCUCUAUAAUAAAACAUGUUGUGAGUGAUGGAAACCCAGCUCAGACCUGCAGAUGUGUUGAAGAAACUUCCUGUAGUUGCGUUGAUGCCCUGCACCUCUUAAACACAAACACACACACACACACCCUGUAAGUCUUUUAUUCCAAGCCUUAACGUCAAAUCAUUUCUUACAAUCAAAUGAAGAUGCUCCGUCCUUUGCAUAUAUCUGUAAGUACUACCUCUAGAGCCGCUUGUUGUUGUUGAUGGACAUCAUCCUGUCAAAUACUCGAGCCUAGAAUUUCUACAGAUAGAUUUGAAAUCUCAGCACCUGUAAGUAGAUUUGAAAGCUUUAAUCACAGCUCUGUUCUCCUAGAAAUGUAGUCACGCACAUUUUCAUUUUCCAUCUGAUCAAAAGUUGGCUUGAAAGGUGUUUCAUUAAGCAGAGGAAAUGAAUCAUUCCGUGUCACAAAAUGUCGUUAUUUGCAAAUUUCUGCUGCUUUUUCUAGAUUUCUAAAAGAGAAGAGUAAAGGGUUGUUUUAUAAAAGUGGGGAUGUCAUUUAGUGGUUCAGUGUUUCAGCAGGUGUUUUCCCAGCUGUGCAGUCACCAGUCUGGGGUACGUUGCAGACGGGUUUUCAGGCUGUUAUUCCUUCUACGAAAAAUCCUGACCAGCCAAUCAGGAUGGAGGAAAGCAGCCUUUGGGUAACAAAUAGGUCGGGCGGCAAUAAAACACUGAAUCAAGUGGCAAAGUAAAGCAGAGCGUGUGCAGCAAAAACGAUUGUCCCCGCGUUCUUACAGUCAGAAAGAGUUUAUUGUGAGUUCUAGAAAUCUUGGGUUUCCAUCUUGAAAUACAUAAUCUGGAUGAAUGUUAGCAGUUUUCUAAUGCCCCACCGUACAAAUCUCAACAAAACAUCAGCUAUUUCUGGGUAAAGUAAACAAACAACACUGAUAAAUCAAUCAAACAUGAGCAUAUUGAGACUUUUUAUUCAUUUUAGCAUUUUUAAUUUUUGUCUCGUAUCGAUUAUGACAAAAGUAAUGGCAUUAGACGUUUGGAAACUUUGUGUUCUAAUUGUCAAUUAUGAGCUGUAUGUUUUUUGUUUCUCCACUCAUGUUCAUCAUUCACAGCACCACUCAGCCUGAUGCACUUACUGGCAUUAACAGCAUCUCAGGGCUUAAACAUUCAUAGUCGCAGCAAAAGUCUCAUCGCCAUUGUCUUCCUCCUAAACUAUGUGAUUGCUGAUGAACAAUCAGACCGACGCGUCCUCCUUAAAGCUAAAGAAAGGAAUGAGAGAAAGCGUGUGCAUAAAUAUUAUAGCAUCCCCGGUCAAGUAGAACUUUGAACUGUGCAACUCCAAACGGACCCUCCAUUCAUAACCUGAACCAGGAGGGAGUGUGCGCUUUGGUACCACCUGCUGUUGCUCUGUCUCGACUCAACAUAUCUAAAUGUGCUCUAUAUUGUUAAUCUUGUAAGUAAAACUGUGUGCCAUGACAUAGUAAGAAGCACACUAGCCCUUGUUCAGAGAAAUGCUUCUUUUAUUUAUUUCCGUAGGCCUCUACUGUAGUGUCAACAUGAUUGUGUGAAGCAGAAUAUCUGUAAAUAUAGAUUCAUCACUAUGCUCUAUUUAUUGUAUGUGGCCCUCUGUGUUGUAGUAAAAAAGCUCAAUAAAAAUGCAAAAAAAUGAGAA